CCGCCCAGUCCGCUCGGGGCCCUCCCUGCUGUGUCCACUCUGAGACGGUGUCCUCCUGCCUUGGAGAGGGGAGGCAGAUUGGAAGGCAUCUCAGUGACCAGGCCACAGACCUCCUACCCCCAGGUGAGGCCAGGACCCCUGUCCAGCUCCUUCCCCAGGAUGGACAGGGGCUCUAGCUCCUGGGCCCACCUUGGACUGAACCUGCUGCUGCUCCUGCUGGCGCUGCCGCCCGAGAGCCAGGCCAGCACGCAGUGCUACGGGAUCCCCGGGAUGCCGGGCCUGCCCGGGUCCCCAGGGAAGGACGGGCACGACGGACUGCAAGGGCCCAAGGGUGAACCAGGCAUCCCAGCUGUUCCUGGGACACGAGGACCCAAGGGUCAGAAGGGAGAAGCUGGCACACCCGGCAUCCCUGGGAAGAAUGGCCCCAUGGGAGCCCCCGGGUUGCCGGGGAACCCCGGAUUAAUGGGGCCCACCGGGGAGCCAGGAGAGGAAGGCAGAUACAAGCAGAAGCACCAGUCAGUGUUCACGGUCACACGGCAGACCGUCCAGUACCCGAGAGACAAUAGCCUGGUCAAGUUCAACACGGUCAUCACUAACCCACAGGGGGAUUAUGACACAACCACGGGCAAAUUCACCUGCAAAGUCCCCGGCCUCUACUACUUCACCCACCACACGUCACAGACGGCCAACCUGUGCGUGCUGCUGUACCACAAUGGUGUCAAGAUGACCACCUUCUGCGACCACAUGUCCAACAGCAAGCAGGUCAGCUCGGGCGGGGUGCUGCUGCGUCUGCAGGUGGGGGACGAGGUGUGGCUGGCGGUCAACGACUACAACGGCAUGGUGGGCACGGAGGGCUCCGACAGCGUCUUCUCCGGCUUCCUGCUCUUCCCCGACUAGGGCGCCAGGUCCGCCCCACCAGCCCUGGGCCACCCCCCACCACCCGGCUUUCCCGCGUGAACUCACCGUGCCGCACCCGUGCUCGGGCCGUUCUCCCCACCCGCCCCAUGGACUCCUCCUCCAGAAAGCCCACCCUGACCCCCGCCCCGUGAGUUCUCUCCCUUCUCCGGGUUCCUGCAGGACCCGCUGCCUUGACACUUAGCCAACACCCCUGGUGCCAUCAUUACUUUUCCCUAAGUGUGGAAAGACUCAGGCAGACCUAUAAAUAAAUGAUUAAAUCAA